AUGCCACCUCGACGACGUGCUCUCAACACACCCCAGACUCCAUCCCCUGCCACUGUAGCUCCCCCCAUAAACACACCCCAGACUUUAUCCCCUGUUGCUGCAGCUCCCCCCACUGCACCCACCCUCCCUGCAGCUCCCCCCGCUGCACCCACCCACCCUGCAGCUCCCCCCACUGCAUCCACCCCCACUGCAGCUCCCCAUGUUGCAGUGACUGCAACUCUUCAGAAUCCUCGCAGAAAUCGACGGCCCGCCACAAGGCUUCAAGGCAGUACAGCUCACAGGGCUGGUCCAAGCCGCGCGGUGGACGAUGGCGAGUUCAUCGAUCUUGACGUUGUUGACGAUGUCAAUGAAGAAGAGGACGGCAACCUGCUCACCCCGGUAGAAGCAGUCCGCACAGUCCCAAGCCCACUUCAAACACAGGCAGGUACCGAUUCGACUCGAUCCAAUCCGUUAGCCACGGGACGUCGAACAAAACAGGUAGCAUCGGAGGUGCACCAUUUUUUCACCAAAGACACAACGUCAGGGCAGCGCAUAUGGCCCAUUGCUUCAAAUUUGGCUUUGAACUGGAUCCAAGCCGCAGCUGCAGCUACUUCAACCAGGCCGGGCUCUCUAGCCACGGCUAAACCCAGCAACAAGCCGGAGCCGUGGCAACACUACAUCUAUAUCACUCCACACAAACCCAGAUGCAUUCUUAAUGUCCACAACAGCAUGAUAAGAACUUUUGAGCUAUGA